AUGACCGCUCUCAGAAUGUUCAACCGGGCGCUGUCCAAGGCGACUCUGCGGCAACCGACGGUUCGCUGCGCUUCCUCUGUUUCCAGACUUGCGGCUCGUCGACCGCUAUGGCAACCGGCAAUGAAAUCGUCCUAUCCUGCCUUUUCAACGUCGUUUGCAAGAAGAGAACCAGCUGGUGAAUCGGAUCAAGAACUUUCCGAGAAAUUCAACGCUGAACGAACACUCGAGCUCGAGUCCAACGAUUCCAACAAGACUGCUUCUAUCGACGAGUUCGUACAAAACAGCCCUUGGAAAAUUGAAGACAAGGAGGGCACACACGAAGUCACCCUCACGAGGGAAUUCGGAAACGAAAAGAUCAAGAUUCAAUUCAGCGUCGCCGAACUCGACAGCCUCGCGGAGGAAGAUGAAUUCGAUGAAAUGGACGAGGACGGUGCGCUCGAUGACGAACCCGACUACAGCAGGGGCAAGAACACGAUCAAUCAAUCAGGGACGAGAGGCGGAAAGAUCGACGUUAUGCCUGAAGACAGUAUUGCCCCCGCCGACAGAAGUGAGGCCGACGAUGCCGACCUCGACGACUCCCUUCCCGCCUAUCCUAUACACCUGACGAUCACCGUCACAAAGCCCAGCAAACGAGCAAUCGAGAUCCGAGCCGUUGCCGCGGAGGGAGCCAUCGAGAUCGAAACCAUCAGCUUCUUCCCCGACGAGUCCCUGCUUGAAGCGGAUACCCCCAAGGAGGCCCUAGAAGCCCGUAGCCUGUACGCAGGCCCGCCGAUCAGCAACCUGGACCCGGAGCUUCAAGCAAUGCUUGACAAAUAUCUCGAGGAGAGAGGCAUUGACGCCCAAUUGGCCAGCUUCUUGCCAGAGUAUGUCGACUACAAGGAACAGCGGGAAUACGUCAAGUGGCUUAACGACAUGAAGAAGUUCAUUGACGAAUAG